AUGAGGAAUAAAUUGUCCAGAAAGCGUGUUCCCUCAGUUUUGGCAGGCUCGUCGCGCAAAAAACUCAAGGUGGAGCAUGAUGGUGCCGACAACCUUCCUUGGACCACCGUUUCGCGUCCGGUGGAAACUGGAUUGGACGGCGACGAUGGAAUUCUGGAGUUGGAAGAAGUAGAGGGUGUCGAGAUUACCUACGAAGAGACUGAAUCAGGAAGGGUUGCUAGAUUCAAUUUUAUCGGCGUCGAUGAGGCCAGACGGGAAGAAGAGAAAGCUGAAUCCUCCGAGGAGCCUGUCACAGGCGAGAGUGAAGUUGAUGUGGUCGUUGAAGAAGAACACUUUGACUCAGAAAAGUUACUGCCAAAUUGGCAUCCUUAUAAUCUUCAUCCCCAACUCACCAGAUGUCUUCAUCAUAAUAAGUUUUUAAAUCCUACGCCCAUACAAGCCGCAGCUAUUCCUCUUGCUCUCAAGCAGCGAGACGUCGUUGGAGUUGCUCAGACAGGAUCUGGUAAAACACUGGCCUAUGGUCUUCCUAUCCUUCACAAGCUGCUAUUGGCAGCACCACAAAGACCUUCGUCCAAGCACCGUCCAGUACAAGCACUCAUUCUAGCUCCGACUCGUGAACUUGCACUUCAAGUUUCGACUCAUUUGAACGCGUGUCUCAGCACUUACAAGGAUCCCAUCGAGAUUGAACACGUCAACAAUAAACACGAUGGAAGAUCAAAAGAGCAAAGGAAAGGAACAGAACAAGGAGACUUGAAGUCUACCGCCAAGAAACCGCCACCCACUGUCAGCGCAGCGGCGAUAGUAGGUGGCAUGUCCGUUCAGAAGCAAAAGCGCAUUCUAGAUAGGGGUGUGGAUGUGCUUGUGGCGACUCCGGGUCGCUUGUGGGAUAUCAUAGAGGAAAACGAGACUCUGGCCAAAGAACUGAAGCGUCUGAGGUUUCUCGUUUUGGACGAAGCCGACCGCAUGAUUGAAGCAGGUCAUUUUGCGGAGUUGGACAACAUCCUUCGACUUACUUUACGGGAAUCCCUGGAAGAUCGAAUACCGGACGAUGUUCCAUCCAUACAUGGUGAGCCAGGGUUCGACGUCCAGGACGACAAAGAGAAAGUUGCUCGAGACCAGAUGCAGACAUUCGUGUUCUCCGCCACGCUCAGUAAGGAUCUACAAAAAAAUGUCAAGAGGAGAGCGAAACCGCAAAGAUCAAAACAUCCUCAAAAGAAUAACAAGCCAGCGUCAACACUUGAUGAUCUUUUGCUACGAUUGGACUUUCGCGAUCGCGACCCCGAAGUCAUAGACUUGAGCCCUGAGGGCGGUGUAGUCUCCACAUUGACCGAGGGUAAAAUUCAAUGCCUUUCCGCGGACAAGGAUGUAUACCUGUACUACUUUCUCUUACGAUAUCCCGGCCGCUCUCUGGUAUUCCUGAGUUCGAUAGAUGGAAUCAGACGUUUGUCACCACUGGCGGAACUACUGAAUAUCAAAGCAUUUCCAUUGCAUUCCCAGUUGGAGCAAAGGCAAAGACUGAAGAACUUGGAUAGAUUCAAAAGCACCCCCAACUCUGUCCUUCUCGCGACGGACAUAGCCGCCCGUGGACUUGACAUUCCCAGUGUUGACCACGUAAUCCACUACCAAAUUCCUCGCUCAGCAGACGUGUAUAUCCACCGAAAUGGGCGAACAGCCCGAGCUAUGAGGAAGGGUUUCAGUAUGUUGAUGUGUGCACCGGAUGAACGCAAAGUUGUUAGGGCGCUAUUGGGGAAUCUUCGUCGACAGGAGGAUGAAAUCCAAGAAAUGUCUAUUGACCUUGGUAUGCUUGACAAACUCAAAGCCCGGGUUCAACUCGCUCGAAAAAUUGAGACGACACAUCACAAAUCUAAAAAGGCAAAACAUGAACGGACUUGGAUGAAGGAGACCGCAGAGGCAAUGGAGAUUGAACUAGACUCUGAUUUCGCCAGUGAUUCCGACGGUGAUAACCCUAACAAGCGUCAACGCAAAGCCGACCAAGCCACGGCAGCUGCCCUGAAAGCUCAACUCAAGCAGAUGCUCGCUCAACCACUUAUCGCCCGGGGUAUUUCUGCUAAGUACAUCACAUCAGGUAGUAAUCACAUUGUAGACGAGCUAAUCUCAGGAGAAUACAACGAGAAGAUGCUUGGGGUUGGGGUUAAUGAUGCAGGCAGCGACCUCGGUAAAGCGAAGAGGAAGAAGCGGGACCCAAAGGCGGAGGACUCCAAAGGGCUUGCUAAAGAUGUCAGCGAGGUAGAGUGGAUGGGUAUUGAUAUUGAUCAUGCUAUGAGUACAUAA